UCACCAGAUCCUCCUCCCGGAGAACCAGCGUGACAUGCGGCCCUUGAUCCUCGUGAGCCUGGGAGCUGAGAUGAUACUGGUGAGGAAAGAAAAAUUCUGUGAACUGAUCGACAGCGAGGUAACAGAGAAGUUGUCCAGGUUCAAGGUCAACUACCCCAGUGAUGAAGAUCUGUGCCGGAAGUUCCUUCAGCAGAACAGCUGGGAUAGAUUUCGGAAGGACCUACUGCGGCUGCUGGUGAAGCCUCGUCAGCGCCCACUGUUCACCCCGAUCCGGCCCAAGAAGAAGGCGAUCUACAGCCCCAAGUCUCUGAUUCUGGAUUUGUGCAGCUUCAACAAGGAGACUAAACCUUGUCAUCCCGUUUUCAUGGCACCCCAGAAAUACCUCCCCCCAUUGAGGAUCGUCGAAGCCAUCACAGCACCCCGAUAUAAAAUCCAAGAACUCCUGCCUCGGUAUAAGAAUGCAGGAGUCCUUGUUUAGACCCAAUAAAAGAUGUUGGGUUG